UCCAAGUUUACCCUGGCCCUGACUGGAAAAAACAAAAAAUUUCUUCAGUGCCAAAAGCAAAGCCAUACAACUUCCUAUUAUUCUUAAAUUUCAAUUAAAGAAGUAUCAUGUGUAAUCUACAGAUAAUGGUAUUUCUGCUUCGACUUUUCGAAGUAUUUGUUUUUAUCUCUAUCGAUACAAAUUCAUAAAACCCCUAUUUAGUAAUUUAUUAUUUAGUAAUUGACAAGAGCAUGUGAUCCAAAAUGGCGGCCUCCUUAUUCUCAGAAUGUGAGGAAAAACCGAAGUCAAAAAUAGCUGUUACUGUGGACGACAUUUGUCCUGGACUCGACGGGAGCAUAUGUAUUAGCGGAGAAGGAAAGAGACAUCAGAUCUGUGCUAUCCAGAAUGGUACCAAGUUCGUGUACAUCUAUGAAAAUGCGACGAGAAAGGGAAUUCUCCAGCUGCCAGACCAGUGCCAUUGUACAUGUAUGUGUUUGUCCAAGGAUACGGCAGGAGAUGAACAUCUUAUGUGUGGGAUGCAGAACGGUCAAAUCAUCCACUACAACUUACAGGCUUUCAAAGAUGACACCAAAUCGAAGAAGAAGAGGAAAAAGAAAGACAAACACAGGAGCAAAAACAAGCCCGAGACCGUUACUCUGCAUCACCAAGAAAGUCAGGAAGAUAUAUUUGGUAAUCUCUUGGAACCAACUGAUGCAAAGCCGUCAAGUUCUCACGGCCCUCCUCCUAUAAUUGCUGAGGAAGAUGGAUUGUCCGAGAACGUGGUCAUCUUAGGGGAUUCUCAUAUACUCCUGAAUGAGCCCAGUGUCCAAGAUUUGAUUCUUGUCAAAGGUUGCCUUGUCACUUGUGCAAAAUGCGCAGCUGGGUGGACAAAAUCUGUGUACUGUCAGAAGGUCAGAGGUCAGCCCGAAAUGGGUAACACGACAUCUGAGCAUACAGUUGGCAAACGAGAACUGGAGUUUGAGAGAUCAGCGUCAUUUAGGACUUUCCUACCUGAGAAUAAAACAAGAUCAUCCAGUCACCAUGGAGACAGGUCUGUUGACCAAUCAGGAGCCUCACCUUGCCUUAGAGAGCCAAUAGGUUCUGAGGCAGAGCACUGGAGCAAGAAGCCACAGUUAUUCUGUGUAGUAUCGCUAAGCAUGUGCAAAAAUGAGGAUGUAACCAAGGAUACAUGUAGGGGGAGAACAUUGGUUCUGGAAGACAGUUUGUACAACCAACUUUUUGGCUCAGACUUCAAUUUUCUAGACACUCCAAUAAUUCUUAUUUCCCUUCCAGAUGGCCACAUAUACUACUCCCCUCUCAAAACCCAUGGAAUCACCCAAGUGGGGAAUUCAAAACAAGGCAGAAUUGGAUCAGACUGGUCUAGUCUAAAUACAGGAUUGUUCUUUGCUCUGGACGAACCAGCUGCCACCAUUCAUGGUUAUAACACAAAAUUCUUGUUAGAGGCAGACCGGGAGAAUCUGAAUGCCAAAACUACACAGCACGGCUGUGAUUGCGUAUGCAUCGUGGGGCAACAUGGGAGAGUCAUCCAAAUCACAGAGAACAUCACUUCUAAUCAGAGGGAGACACUGAAAUUCACUGAGAAUCAUGUCAAAGGUCCCGUGCAAACUGUUUGCAGGACCAGAACACCACAAACACUGCUGUAUUCAACCGGUAAAGAAAUGUACUCUCUCUCUUUCUCGGAAGCUUCGAAGAAGGAUGCAUCAACUGCAGCUCGCAGGAGCAACGUCUCAAGUUCCUAUGUCCUGGGAAUUGGAAAGAUUAGAGCUAUGGUUGUGCUUGGCAGAGCUAGCAAAGAUUCAAGUUGUAGCAACCCUGUCAUGGCUCUAACUGAGGGUGGCAGAGUUCUCAAGCUCCACCCGUCAACAGAUCGUUCCCGUGACAACAGAGGUUCACCGAUCACUGCUUCUGCAGCUGGCAAGAGAAUGCAGGAACUACUCCAAGCUAUCAACAACAUCUCGGAGAGGUCGGGCGAUCUGGCCAAGCUGAGCCAAGCACAAGAUCGAGUCCUUCGUGAAAUGAGCCAAGCCUGUCAUGUGGCCAGCUUGUUGCUAAGCAACCAUAAUUGUGCUCAAAAUUCCACCAUAUUUGGCAUGGAGAUACAUUGCACAUUUAAAAAUGAUGGUCCUCUUUGCAGUUUGGAGCUCUUGUGUCAGCUGACCAACCACAACAAGUGGAGCCUGUCACACGGUUGGUCCCUUGCAGUCUUCCUAAACGCUGAAUCCGAUUGGACAAACCUCGAGUUGGACCUCAGGCAUCAUGUGACAAAGAUCGUGCCAUUGGUGAACUUCCAACCAAACCAAACCAUUGACUUUAUUUACCCCUUGGAAAACAGGAAGACCUCUCUUUUACUGCCUUUGGAUGUGCAAUGCUUUCUUUAUUUUUCUCCGGAGGAGUGCUUAUCCUCGAUCUUGCCAGAGCAGACAAACUUGGAGACAGAAACUCCCAUCAAAAUGGACGAAGGUGGGAUUUUACUGCCACUGACUGGACCGACUGUGAUAGAUUUAAUCACAGUUCUGAGACCACAGUUCAGCCAACAAAAUGCAGCUCAACACACUAGGCAAUACCAAACAGCAUGGAACAGAGGGUUUGAUUGGCUGGCUUCAGCGUUAGAGACAGCAGCAAGCAACAGACCCUCGGCCAAUGGGACAGGCUAUACCAACUCAGAAAAGACUGGUGACUCGACAUCAGCAUCUACGUGUGUGACCAUCAAUGCUGAUGUGACUGCAAUGAUUCUGCAGCACAAAAAGAAUGAGUGUAGUCAAGAGGAGCAGAUCCUAAGGUGGCUUCUGGAGGACAACAGGCUUGUUGCACCAUCGACAAAUCCACUCUUUCUGCUAACACCAGAUGCCAGGGUCGUGACCUUCCAGGUCAAAGUUCAACCUGCCAGGAGAGAAGGCACUGGAGCAAUGAAAGAUGCUUGCAAGGAAUCGGGACGAAGAGAGGAGGCAGUAGAGAUCAUGAUCACGGCACCAGACUACCCAGUGCUGACCCACUUGCAGCUUGCUAUGAACAGAAGAAUUAAGACGCUUGUGCAAAGAGCUGGCAGAGCUGGUGGUAUCACCACUUCUCAAGACACACUGCAGAAGGAGCUUCGAAAAGUUGAGGCUCUUCACAGGAAGGUUGUGUCCCUCCAAGAUAACAUGAUACUGCACUCUUGCUGUGACAACCAGUGCAAUCAUAGUCCAGACAGCACAGCCAUACUUGAACUCCAUCAACGGAUGAGGAGUCAAUUGACCUUCCUGUAAGGUCCGAGUUUAAAGGUCUCAUGCAGCUGAUAGAUGUGUUCUCCAACUUGCCAAAGUUUGUAACUUUUAAAAGUGUUUUUUUGGGGUGUCAGUACUUAACACUUUUGCAGUCAAUGCAACAUAUUUGUAGAAUAGAAUGUCUGCCAUGUUUUUCUCAAUCAAUCGGGCAUUGCUUUAUUGUGGACACAUCUAGGAAUGCAGUCACCAUACAUAUUAUUGUAAAAUUUCGUUCAGAAAAACGACAACGGUCUGUUUAUUCCAUAACCUGCACCCUACUCCGGUUAAAAGGGGCCCUCCUAACGAGCAUUCAUCUAUAUUGGAAUUAUAAGGUAGAGAAUGUAGCUGUUCCUAACUCCAAAAUACACAACAGUAAACACAAAGUCAUCUGUGCCUUGUUUUAAUUUUCAUUCCGUGGAUAAGACUAGAUGUACAGGAUAGGCAGUUUGUUGGCACAUUAUAUACACAGGCCUGUCGGGGACAGCGGAAAUGUAU